UUAUUUUUUAAGAGGAAUACAUUUAGUGUAAUCUAAUUCCGUAUGCGAUUUAAUCAACGUUGUAGUAAUGGAGGAAAGAUGGACGACUUGACGUUUGGUUUGCACAGGCUGGUUCACUUAGACCUAAAGGGUGCUCCACCACGAGUUUGUUACUUCGAAAAGUUAUUUCCACUUUUGAGAACAUGGGGUGCUACCGGUAUCCUCAUAGAAUGGGAAGAUACAUUUCCAUACAAUCGAGAGCUUUCUCUUAUAGGGAGCAAUGGAUUAAGCAGUUUUACCAGUGGAUAUACAGCCCAAGAAGCUAGACAUAUCCUACAAAUAGCUGCAGAUUGCGGAUUAGCAAUUGUUCCUUUGGUACAAACAUUUGGUCAUAUGGAGUUUGUCUUAAAACACAAUGAAUGGAAAUCUUUAAGAGAAGUGGAGCAUUUCCCAAGCUCAAUUUGCCCAUCUAAUACAAGAACAUUGCCACUGAUUAAGUCCUUAAUUCGACAGAUAGUUAGUUUUCAUCCAGAUAUACAGUAUUUGCAUAUAGGUGCAGAUGAAGUCUGGCAUCUAGGUCUUUGUUCAGUAUGUACAAAACGUGCUGCCUCUAGUAAAUAUGGGAAGCCAUCUCUGUACUUGGAACAUAUUCUGGCUGUUGCACAAUAUGUGCAAGAAACAUAUCCCUAUUUAAAAAUUAUCAUAUGGGAUGAUAUGCUAAGAUCAAUAGAUUUACAGGUUUUGAAUGACCACUAUAUCGGGAAAUACGUAGAACCCAUGAUUUGGCAUUAUAAUGCUAGGGAUAAUUUUGCUCUACCCCAUGGACUGUGGGAUAAAUAUACUGCAGUCUUUCCACGUGUAUGGGCAGCCACUGCAUUUAAAGGUGCUACUGGAUCUUCACAACAUGUCCCGGUGAUAAGGCACCAUAUAAGUAAUCAUGAAAAAUGGUUAGAAGAAUUAAGUAUACAUGUGAAUAAAGUUCAUGAAUUUCGAGGAACAGCAUUUACUGGAUGGUCAAGGUAUGAUCAUUAUGCAACAUUGUGUGAAUUAUUGCCUACAUCAAUACCAUCACUAGCAUUAUGCUUGAAAGUUUGGCUUCAUGGUUAUACCGAACACAUACACAAUCAAGUGGCUAAAAGCUUAGGAUAUAUAGAUCAUCCUUUACAUAUAACACCACAGCCAAGACCUGCUCCAAUACCCAGUAAUUUGCUCUUUCCUGGAUGGCAGGUUGCAGUAGGUGUAGAGUGGUUCCUAAAUUUUAAAGCUAAAUAUCAUAAUAUUGUUGCUAGUGAACAAAUAUCGACAUGGAUGAAUCCUUGGCAAGUGGCUAACAAUUACACAAACCCAAUGCAGUUAGAAAAUUUAAUUCCUGCUUUCACGGAAUUACUGUUGGAAUUAUCUUCUUUAGAAGGUUACUUUAGGUUUCAAAUGGAAAGUAUUUUUUUCUCAACAAUGGUCGAUGAAUGGAUUGGUACAAACAUUCAACCCAUGAAAGGAAAACUCGUAGAAUUAAAACAAACUGCGGAAAAUCAAAUUAAGUUGAAUAGUCGUAUUUAGUGUUUUAGCAAGUAUCUCUUAAAGUAUCCGCUUUACAUUUGAAUGACCAACUCUAAUACAGGUAACACUUACAAAACGAUAGGCUGAUGAACAAAGUACGAAAAAAUCUAGUGAACUGUACAACUUUAUCUUAUAAGUAGAUGUAGCGAACUAAAAAAUAGGUUUAAGAAAAGUAAUAUCGUGUUGAAUACACGGGAUAUAAUUUUAUAAAAGAAUGGAUGAUUAUUUUAAUACUUGGCUUAGGGGUGAACGAAUUUGUGACAAUUGUCAUCAUCGAGCUUUGUCAUUUUGCGAGCUGUUCUGUGAUACUUGGCUAUGAAAGGAUUAUUAUAAUACAUUGGGUUGAGUCAUUGAUAACUGUUGUUGAUUUUUAUUAGAAAUUUAUUUUGUUUUAAAUACGAAGCUUGUAAUUAAAAUUAAUGUAUUAAUUUAUUGUUAAUUGUCUGUUCAUAUUUAUUUGACAUCUAUGGCUAAAGUGUUUGUGAUUCGACCCAAUAAUUAAGCUCAAUAACCAUAUUUAUUGGCUAUUGUGCUUACUACACUUGCUUCUAAACCAUUUGCGUUUCUUACAUAUAUAGUAUGUGCAAGUAUUUUUUCCACUCUUAGAAAGAAUUUCUCACAGAUUUUCUGAAAAUAAUACUGUUCAUCUGUAAAGAAGAUUAUAUGCAAUACGUAACAUAUUUCAUGGGAUCUUUUUUAUCAGUAUAUUUAUUAACUAAUCUAAUAGUUGUCUCUGAACUCUAUUUAUCGAUGUAACACAUUAAAUUAUCUGUAAAACAUAGGAAAAUUUCGAAUAUAGAUGAAGUAUGGAAAAAAAUAAUAAUGAAUAAUAAAUUUAAUUAUAUAUGCUCAUCUUACAAUUCUCUUUUAUAAUUCAUGGCCAUCUUGAAAAUAACGUUGUGUCACAGAAACAAAAGCAAGUAUCCAUUAAAAGGUGGAAAUUUCUUAAAAAUGCUUUUCCUCAUUCAGUUUAAACGACAUCGCAUUAUCAACGAAUCGACUAAAG